CCUGUCAUGAAAUUUCUUGAUAAGUCAACAAGUGACAAUAAAAUGACAGAAGGGGAGCGUUCGAAAUUGGGAUUCAAAAUUACUAAUUGAAACUAGUAAACUAGAGUUGGUAUAAAGCAUUUUUAUUUAUUAGGAAAUAAAUUCCAAAUUCCUAAAUUUAUAUUGGUUGUUAUAAAAAAGUAACUUGAGAGUUGAGCGAUUAUUUUGGAACUUUACUGUAACUACGCCGAUUCGGAACGCGGCUAUAAGGUUGAACUGAAAAUUCUGAACACACUGAACUUUAAACUCUUACGUAACUUCCGGUAACUUCUAGAUUAAUUCUAAUAUUUACAAAAUUGUACAGUUUUUCAUUUACAUUUCUAUUUCAAAACAAUUAAUAUUAUCUAAUGAAUAAUUAAUAACAUCUAUAAGAGCCUGUAAAGCUCGUUAAAGAAUUUAAACUCUAUUUUUUCUUCACGUAUCGUCACUUCCGUUAAAGAUGGCCUUCUUUGUCUUUUCCCGUCAAGCCGGUUUACAAAGCGCAUUCGCCGGUAGAGGUCUGACUGUGCAGUUUGUGAAUUUUGCCUUCUGUAACUCCUUCGCUAGAAAUUUUUGCGACAAAAUGGGUUUGCCAAAAGUUUUCUUCGACAUGACCGCCGAUGGUCAACCUGUUGGAAGGAUUGUAAUGGAGUUGAGAAGCGACGUCGUCCCGAAAACGGCGGACAACUUCCGCGCCCUCUGUACCGGCGAGAAAGGUUUCGGCUACAAAGGCUCCACCUUCCACCGUGUCAUCCCCAACUUCAUGUGCCAAGGAGGCGAUUUCACCAACCACAACGGUACCGGUGGCAAGUCCAUCUUCGGCAACAAAUUCGACGACGAGAAUUUCACCUUAAAGCACACCGGACCUGGAGUCAUGUCCAUGGCCAACGCCGGUCCUGACACGAACGGAUCUCAGUUCUUCAUCACCACCGUCAAGACCGCAUGGUUGGACAACAGGCACGUCGUCUUCGGCGCAGUAGUCGAAGGCAUGGACGUCGUGAAAAAGAUCGAAACGUGGGGCUCCCAGUCCGGUAAAACGUCAAAGAAAAUCGUCGUCGCUGACUCCGGUCAAUUGUAAAUUUAUCAAUAAUUUUUAAAUGUUUAUAUAUUAUCGGAACGAACGUCUCCAGCGCCUCGCAACAAUAAAAAUAACGUUUAAAAUGGUGUAUAUUUUUUUAAGUUGUAUUCAAUAAUAAAAAGGGAAUCUAUGUGGUCGAUUUGUAGAAAGUCUUUUUAAUGGCUGUCGUUUACUUUAAUGGAAAUUUGCAUUAAGUUUACUUUAAUGGAAAUUGAAAUUUGCGAUUGCGUAAAUGUAAUAAUAAUAAUAAUAAUAAUAAUAAUAAUAAAGACAAGUCGUUAAAGGUAAUUUAAAAAUUAAAUUUGCACUCAAACGCACCAAAUUGUAAUGUGAACAACUUUUUCUCCAUGCUUUUUUUUAUAUUUGCCCGCUUGAGACGUCCGUUCGGUUUUUUUGGUUUAAUGAUACACCAUGUUUUUAAAAUCCAUAUCCUUGUCGAAUCAUCAACAACGCAUUUUUCUGUGUAUUUUAAAUAGUCCAGGAAUUCCCCAAUUUUUUAAAUGUUAAAGAAUUCUAAGUUUCCUAACGAUACUUUCCUCUUUAAGUUUUUAAAGUUGAUUUCCAAAUUUGCCCGGGAUUUUCCUAACUUUCUUAGUAUAAGACAAAAAAUUCCUCUUUGGAAAUCGAGGAAUUUGUCUAAACCUCCUGGGACUUUACAGUCCAGGCAUACUGAUCAAUCUUGUAUUUCUCUCGAUUAUCUUACUCGUUUAAGUAAUAAUUGGAGAUUCCCUGGUCGGAUGGACUCGCAAAUUGAUGAAUUUCAAAACGUUCCUUAGUUUGAUAUAAUAAUAAUAACCGGGUGUGUCAUAUAAACCGUUUGUUUACAAUAACUAAUAGAUAUUUUGUGAUCUGAUAUGAUUAUCUUUUCAUUAUCUUUAAAGAAUAAAAAAAUCAGAAAAAAAUUAAUGAUACGCCAUUAGAAUAAUUAUUAGUAUAUGUCUCUUUGCAUUUAAAAUGUUUUCUGAUUUCGGUGUUGAUCGGCGAAACGCGGCUGGCGCCCACUGUGGGAUUGGGUUGGGGGGAAUAAUGGCGACCAGCGCGGUAACUUUUUAGAGUCUUAAUGUUUUUUACCAGAAUUGUAAGAGGAGUUGGAAAUAAAUCCACGAUAACCAGCA